GGUCACAAAACCACUGAUACUAAUAGCAACUUAAUCCUGGCACUGGAUGUAUUGUUACCUAGUCCCACCUGGGUGAUCAUGAACGGAAGCGCAGUGCCAUUGUCACCAGUUGGUGGAGGGAUGGUGGGAGAACCUGCCUCUCUCCCCUCCUUUGGUUGGCGGGAAUUCUGCGAAGUCCAUGCUCGUGCUGCUGCAGUUGAUUUUGCCCGUCGUUUCCGGACUUUCCUUGGUGAGAACCCCCAGUUUGCCACCCCAGGAGCCGAAGCUGCUUUCUCACACCGCUUUGCAGAGCACUUCCUAGAACAUUUUGAGGCUGAGGUGAGCCGGGCUUACACCAGUGACUCGCCACCCCGCUGUGACAUUGCUCCUUUCACUGGUUGUUCUUCUGCACGGGACCUCUCUGAGACCUGCAGUGACUCCUCGGUGGCUUCCCCUGUUGAACCUCCAUUGGGCCCACCCUCUGGCCUCUCUAGCAGCCAGUCCCGCAGCUCGGAAGAUGUUUCUGCUGUGGCAGCCAUUACCGCUACGAAGCCAAAGCUGAAGAAGCGCUUUUCUUUGCGCAGUGUUAGCCGCAGUGUCCGAGGUAGCGUACGUGGCAUUCUUCAGUGGAAGACCUCAGCUGAAUCAUCCUCUGGUGGCAGAGAUGGGACACCCACUGGAGCCAACAGUAAUUCUAAUUCUUCGGGUGGUGGUGACUCAGACCGUUGGACUCACCGAUUUGAACGUCUUCGGCUCAACAAAGCCUCCCCAGUCACUCUCCGAGUCGAACUGGCUGGUGUGCGCCGUGAAGGCCUACUGAACUACAUUGUGGCUGAUGAUGGGUCAGGAGGGGGCAGUAGGACACACUGGCAGAAAUGCCGUCUUCUCCUGCGCAAAGCAGGGAAGGGAGAAGGGGAGGGUUACCUGUUGGAGUUCUACAUACCACCAAAGGCAACAAAGCCACGGGUCAGCAUUGCUUGUUCCUGUGUAAUGGAUGUGCGGACAACAACUCCACUGGAGAUGCCAGACAAAGAGAACACUUUUGUGCUGAAGCUGUCAAGUUCCUUGGAGUACAUCCUUGAGACUGUUGACUCACUGCAGAUGCGAUCAUGGUUGGCUGACAUUCAGGAAUGCAUGGGCCUGGGAGAAAGUACUGAUAGCCUGGAGCAACCAUGCAUGAACCACUCAGAUAGCAUGCCCAGCCGGGAACUUCCCCUGGUGCCGAGUGAGAGCAAUGAACAGCUCAGCCAAGGUGCCUAUGGUGGACUAAUGGAACGCCCCUCAGCCUCUAUGUCUCCCAGCUCCGCCUCUAUUGCUGCCUCACACUUUGAUUCAAUGGAGCUGCCUCCUCCUCCUCAGCUGCUGCCUCGGGUGCCAGUCAAUGAAGGACAAUUUUCCACUGGCUUCCUCCAUACAACUUUCCCCGAAACCCCUGAAACCACAGGUAAUGCUCUGAAGUGGGAUGAAUUGGUGCUUGGUCUAGAUUUGAGGAGGGCCAGAGGACUCCCCUCGCCUCCUUGCUGGAGCUCCUAUUGGGGAUGGCAUAAUGGUGGAGGAUUAGUUGACAAUCCCUAUAAACAAGCCCAAAGUGGGCAGGUUUUGUAUCACUUAUACUGCAAUGUGCUCUACAUGGGGCU